CGCACUUGCACAACGGCUGGCAGGUGGACCAGGCCAUCCUCUCGGAAGAGGACCGAGUGGUGGUCAUCCGCUUCGGGCACGACUGGGACCCCACCUGCAUGAAAAUGGAUGAAGUGUUAUACAGCAUUGCUGAGAAGGAGCCAAGCUCUGAAGCUGUUUUCAGAUGGAAACUGAGCGGCUGCUGACACCUGGUCACUCACUUAAGAAAGAAAUGGCAAAUUAAAGGGGGAGAUCCUUCCUCAUCUUCUUGCUUACAAGCCAUGUUUGGAUCUCUGCUGUUUUAAAGAGUAAAAAACUUUGCUGUUAUUUAUCUUGUGGAUAUCACUGAAGUACCAGACUUCAACAAGAUGUACGAGUUGUACGAUCCCUGUACUGUCAUGUUUUUCUUCAGGAACAAACACAUCAUGAUUGAUUUAGGUACAGGUAAUAACAACAAGAUCAACUGGGCAAUGGAAGAUAAGCAAGAGAUGAUUGACAUUAUAGAAACUGUUUAUAGAGGAGCCCGCAAAGGUCGAGGUUUGGUGGUAUCGCCAAAAGAUUAUUCCACUAAAUACAGAUACUGACACUUCUUCAGGGCUGCCUUUUUUUUUAAUCCUAUGUCCACUUAAAUUUAUUCUUGUGUAUGUGUGUACAUAUAUAUAUUAAAAGAAAAAACCUACAAAUGUUUCAACUUUGAGCAUAUUUUGAAUUAUUUAAAAGGUUGGAGUUCUGUUUGGAAAAGUAAAAGGCACGAAGCUUGCAACUGUCUGACUGGCAAUACUGUAGAUGAAUUUUGGAUUGUAUUUUUAUUUUUUAAAGACUUUGUGUUGUCCUUUUGGUAUGAUGUAUUUUUCUACACAAAAAACCUGUUUGCAGAAAAACA